UAUUUUAACAAUAAAUAUGGAGAGAUAUGUUAUUAUCGAAAAAAUUGGUGAAGGAGCACAAGGAAUAGUCUUAAAAGCAUACGACACAGUAGCAGAUAAACAUGUUGCGUUAAAAAAAUUACUUUUAAAAAAUAUUGAAAAUAGUAUAUCAACGUCUAUCAUGCGUGAAAUAAAGAUUUUACAACAAUUAAAACAUCAUAAUAUUAUAAAACUGCUAGAUGCUUUCCCAGUUGGUCUGGAUUUUAUAAUGGUUUUUGAGUAUAUGCCAAUAAGUUUAUGGGAAAUAAUAAAAGAUAAUGAAAUAGUAUUAACAUCGGUUCAAGUGAAAAUGUAUAUGAAGAUGAUCUUAGAGGGUAUUGCUUACGUACAUGAAAAAAAUAUAAUACAUAGGGAUUUGAAACCUGCAAAUUUAUUAAUAAAUGAAAAGGGUAUUUUAAAGAUAGCAGAUUUUGGUUUGGGGAGAUUAAUGUGGACAGAUAUGUGUAGACCAUAUUCUCAUCAAAUUGCUACCAGAUGGUAUCGAGCACCAGAGUUAUUGUAUGGGGCAAGAUAUUAUACCUCGGCUAUUGAUAUGUGGUCUAUUGGUUGUAUUUUUGGUGAAUUACUUAAUAAAUCACCAUUAUUUCCAGGAGAAACAGAUAUUGAGCAACUAGCAAUAGUGUUAAAAUAUUUGGGAUCACCUACUCCAGAAACUUGGCCUGAAUUAAGUACAUUACCUGAUUAUAAUAAAAUUACAUUUCCUUAUCAUAAAGGAAUAACAUGGGAAAAUAUCAUUGAAGAUGCACAACCAGAAGCUAUUGAUCUUAUAAGCAAAAUACUUAUCUAUGAUUCGUCAAAUCGUUUAACAGCUAAUGAAGCACUAUGUCAUGUAUAUUUUUAUACUAAACCUUACACAUCAUUAAAUAAUUUAAUAAAACCAUCAUAUAAUCAUCGCAAUCAAAUAAAACAAAAAGAAAUUAUUGUAAAUGCGCAAGUUACCACACUUUUUGAAAAUUUAUUAGCUAUUACUUAAUGUGUGUAUAAUGCAAAAGAUGAAGAAUAAAGAAUAAAAUAACUUUACAAUGACUUCGUACUUUGAAAAUAAUAUAAUAAGUUUCUUCAAGGUAUAGAAUUAAUUGUAGGAAGAAAAUUUUGAUUAGUUUUUUAGUAACAUUUAUUAAUAAAAGUUCCUCCUAAUUUAUGUAUUUUUAUAGAAAGCAACAAAUCUCUUAAAUACUUCAUUGUUGUAUCCUUCACAACAAGGUUUUCCAUCUUUAUAUCCAGCGUUUUCAUAUAAUUUUAAUGUUGGUGCUGUCCACCAGAAAUUUUUAAUUCCCUGCAUACCAUUUAUAUCUAAUGUAUUCAGUUGAUACACAGAAAAAUGAAAAUGUUGUCCAUCUGACUGAAUACAUUGUAUAACAACAGGUUCUGCCAAUUCUUUAAUAUCUAGCCCAAAUCUUUGUCGAGCGUAAACUGUUGCUGCUGUAAAUGAUGCUA